CAUAUCUCAGUGGUUAUAUGUAGCCUAGAACUAGCUCCACCCUCGAAUAUUCAGGGUUCUUUCGUCUGCGGACUAGUCCUGUUACGAGCCUUUAGCAUCUGGAAUAGGACUUUCUCCGUUGUACCUUUUCAUGAAGAAAAGGAAGACAUUGUUAUUUGACUUUCACGCAUGCGGAUUAGACUACAGAGAAUACAAGCGCAUGUUUUACAACUUGACAUUUAUUUUCGGACGACAUUCUACAGCCCGAUUGCAAAGAACUAAAACUGAAAAAAGAGUUUGGUGCUGAAUACAAAGUGAUACGGUGGUCCGAUGGCUCGCUCGCAUGACUAAUUAAUAGUCUAUCAGGACUCGGUCGCGCGCUGCCCAGUUGUUUGUGUUAUAAACUAUGGCGUUUAGGGCAAAAGCCUUGUACGACUUUAGUUCGGAAAAUCUAGGAGAGAUAUCGAUUACUGAGAACGAAGUUGUUACUUUAUACAGCGAACAAGACAUAGAGGGAUGGCUAGAGGGAACAAACAGCAGAGGGGAUACUGGUCUUUUUCCAGCCUCAUACGUGGAGAUUCUCAGAAAUGAAUCAUCUGACAUCUCGUCCAACAAUAAUGGCAUGUCGGCGGAUCAAGGUCAACCCGACUCCCCAUCAAGUGGAUAUGAUUCAUCAUACUAUUCCCAGUCCCACUCUCGUGCUGAGAACAUUAAAGAUCCGACCCACUCCGCUUAUCCUGUGCAAAUUCCCCAGCGCCAUGGUUACCAGACCAGUCAAGGUAGUGAUGAUGACUGGGAUGAUGACUGGGAUGACAGCUCUACUGUGGCGGCUGAGCCCGGAACUAAACAUGACAAUGAUGGAACUAGUUCCACAGCAUACACAGUGACUACUUCGUUGCCUGGGAGACGUGAUAGUUCCCAAGCCAAAAGUUCAGCAACAAUAGGUAAAAACCUCAACAGGUUCUCAACCUUUGUGAAAUCUGGCGGAGAGGCUUUUGUAUUGGGCGAGGCGGCUGCCUUUGUCAAAGAUGGGGACAAGAUCUGUGUUGUCAUGGGGCAGUAUGGACCAGAGUGGCAGGAAGACCCAUAUCCAUUCGCCUGCUCCAUCGAUGACCCCACCAAACAGACUAAAUUCAAAGGCAUGAAGAGUUACAUGUCAUACAGACUGACUCCAUCCCACACCCAGAGCCAGGUGAAUAGAAGAUACAAGCACUUUGACUGGCUCUACGCUCGACUUGUGGAACGCUUCCCUGUCAUCUCAGUCCCCCAUCUGCCUGAGAAACAGGCCACUGGGCGCUUUGAACAGGACUUUGUCUCCAAACGCAGAAAAGGUUUGAUAUGGUGGAUGAACCACAUGACGAGCCACCCUGUCCUGGCUAGAUGUGACGUGUUCCAGCACUUCCUCACCUGCCCCAGCACAGACGAGAAGACGUGGAAGAUGGGCAAGAGAAAGGCAGAGAAGGAUGAGUUGACUGGCGCUAACUUCUUCCUAACCAUCUCCACCCCGGCUGUUCCACUGGACCUACAGGAGGUAGAGAACAAGGUCGAUGGGUUUAAAGCCUUCACCAGGAAGAUGGAUGACAACUGCCUAGUGGUGAAUGCCACCAUCAACGAGUUCGCCCGGAAGCAGAUCACCGGGUUUAAGAAAGAGUAUCAGAAAGUGGGUCAGUCUUUCAAACUGUUGGGCCAAGCCUUUGAGAUGGACCAGCAGUCCUAUUCUGUAGGACUGAACCGUGCCAUAGCAUUCACAGGAGAGGCCUACGAGGCUAUAGGAGACUACUUUGCUGAGCAGCCCAGACAGGAUUUGGACCCCAUAUCGGAUCUGCUGGACCUGUACAAGGGACACCUGGCCAACUAUCCUGAUAUCAUCCAUGUUCAGAAAGGUGCCCUUACCAAAGUGAAGGAGUGCCAGAAACAAGAAGGGGAGGGAUCAACCAUCAACGAGCGUUGUAACAUAAUUUCCUGCGCCACACUGGCUGAGAUCCAGCACUUUCACCGUACACGCGUACGUGACUUCAAGAGCCAGAUGCAACACCACCUCCAGCAGCAAAUCAUCUUCUUCCAGAAGAUCACUGGGAAGCUAGAAGAGGCACUGCAGAAGUACGACGAGGAUAUCAUAUAAGGCCCUGGAGAGAGGAGCAUGGAUACAGAGGGAUAAAGAGAGGAGGAGGGGGGACUAAGGGAGAGGAGGGUGGAUACAGAAGGAUGAAGAGAGGAGGGUGGAUACAGAGGAAUGAAGAG